AUGAAGCGAGCUGACGGUCGCGAGUCUCCUGGGGCGGUGCGCGCCAUUCACGUCGCCACUAACGUGCUGGCCAACUGCCACAGCAGCGCCUGUGUCGAGAUUGGAAAGACGCGUGUCUUGUGCGGUGUUCGCCCGCCGCAGCAGCUGGUUCAGGAAUACCGCGGCACGCGCGGACGUGUCAGCUGCCAAGUCCACCGCAGCUUGGAGUCCUUGUCGAACCUUGACAACUCUGGCGACCGCGACAUGGCCCUUGCGCUCGAGGGAGUGGCAGAGCAAGCGGUGGUGCUGGAGCGCAUUCCACAACUGCUGGUGGGGGUCCUAAUUGAAGUGGUGCACGACGACGGGGCUGUAUGGGAUGCCGCUACGACGGCUUUGUGCGUCGCUCUCACGGCAGGUGGCGUGGAGGUCUACGAUACCUUUUCGGCGUGCAGUGCCGCGGUGCGGCACGAUGGCGCCAUAAUUGUCGACGUCACUCAAGAGGAGGCGGCGACGGCGUUGGCGAGCGUGGUGUUGUGCAGCGGCCUCUCCCUCGGAGGCGUGUACUACUGCUGCCACAAAGGCGCGUGCGAGGCAACGACGAUGAGUCAGCUGGUGCAGGCGGCGACGAAGGGGCUGCAGGUGCGCAAGGUCCCGCUCUUAGAGCAAAUCCGGAACCAACUAGUCUAG